AUGGAUCCCGAGGCGUUUUUGGACCUGGCCAAUCAGGUCAUUAAACUGAAAAUGUAUCCGUAUUUCGAUAUCGCGCAUUCAUUAUUAUGCGCUCUUGCCGUGAGGGAAGAUUUAGGGGCUGGAGCGCAAGCGUUCUCCCGCAAACACCCUCUAGCGUGUUGGCUGUCCACCAUGCUAGUCAUCUUCGCGGGCGGCAUGGUGGCAAACGGGCUGCUCGGGGAGCCCAUUCUGGCACCUCUUAAAAACACACCACAGCUACUAAUAGGAACGAUUACAUGGUACGUGGUGUUCUACACGCCAUUCGACGUCGGGUACAAAGUAGCCAAAUUCCUUCCCGUGAAGGUGACGGCUGCGGCCAUGAAGGAGAUAUACAGGGCGAAGAAAGUGUACGAUGGGGUAACUCACGCAGCUAAACUGUACCCUAACGCUUACAUCAUCAUGGUCGUCAUCGGAACAAUAAAGGGCAACGGCGCCGGCUUCACCAAGUUAGUGGAGAGGCUGGUUCGCGGCGCUUGGACUCCCACCGCCAUGGAGACUAUGCAGCCCACUUUCUACACAAAAGCUUCUCUGGUGGCCUCAAUAAUCUUCGUGCUGGACAAGAAGACGGAUCUCAUCUCCGCGCCUCACGCGCUCGUCUACUUCGGGAUUGUCAUCUUCUUUGUUUACUUCAAGCUAUCUUCGAUAUUGCUGGGCAUUCACGACCCCUUCGUGCCUUUUGAGAAUCUGUUCAGCGCCUUGUUCCUGGGGGGCAUUUGGGACUCCCUCGCCAAGAUCCUCGGAAAGGGGCAGCCCAAGGAGGACGCCAAGGACGCCAAAAAGGCUAAUUGA